UCAUUGACUGAAAGCGUCUCGUUGCCAUGGAAUCCCGAGGGCGAAUCAUUUAGGCAGCACUGAUGGCCGUGUCCGCGUUCAGAGCUCUGUGCGGUAAAUCCACGUCUUUAAAUCUGAGUUCAAGGAAAAUGAAAGAGGUACCUGAGUGCGUGUACACGCUAACGAAGCUGUCGGCGCUCCUGUUGAACAACAACACCAUCACCGCGCUUCCGGUCCAGCUGCUCGCCCUGCAACACCUGACAGAGCUUAAUCUGGGGAAUAAUGCCCUGACGGAGGUUCCAGCCGUUUUGGGCCACGUGCAGUCCUUGAAGAAACUGUAUCUGUUUAGCAACCACAUCACAGCGGUGCCACCUGACGUCAUAGGCGGCCUGCAAAACCUCAUUGUCCUCAAUUUGAACCACAACCACAUUCAGAGGCUUCCACCAGAGAUUAAAAGUCUGCGGAAGCUUCAGCACCUCAGUGUGCUGGACAACCAGCUGGAGGACGUCCCCGAGGACCUGGGCCAUCUGACUGAGCUGCGUGAGAUCAACCUGACUUCCAACCGGCUGACUCGCCUGCCCAAGCAGCUGUACCAGUGCAAAGGCCUCACCAAGAUCCACGCAGCCAGGAACAGGCUGAGCAGCCUCCCGGAGGGAAUUGGCAAACUGAAACAGCUGGCGGUCCUGGAUGUGGCUGGGAACAAGUUGUCCAUGUUCCCCACUGAGUUCCACCUCCUGCCCCUGAGGGAGCUCUACUGUGAAGGCAACAGCUUCGUGCGGCGUGAGCCAACGUCGUCGGUGCAGAAGGCGGAGGUGCUCACGCUAAAGGAACUAGCUGCCAGGUUAGUGCUGCGGGAGGACAGGGGCGGGGUCUCUCUGGUGCACAGGAUGCUGCCCCGCUACCCCGGCCUCCGCUCCAUGCUGCUGGAGGCCAGCCGCUGCGCGCUCUGCCCGGGCCCCUUCCUCACCACGUGGCUGGAGUGUGUGCACUUUGUCAGUCUGAGGAAGGUUGGCAAGCUGAGGAGCCCGCUGACUGUUCCUGUGCGAGCCCGCCUGUGCUCGUACGCCUGCUUCAACGUGAAGGGUCACUCCUACUACGCCGUGGCUACGAGACACGUAGAACCGAAUUAAAAGUGUGGAGCUCCCCAUCCUGGACAGCAUCUGUACAGGUGUCACUAGGCCCAUUCACUCCUGCCUGAAUCUGACUCUGUGACCACUAGGUGGCAGCAAGUGACCACUGUCAGAUGGACUCAGCUGCUUAACACAGACAUAGAUUGUGAUGUGAGGUAAUAAUCUAAUUUCCUAACUUGUCUGUGCAUAUAGAUAUAACAUUUAUUGACAAAAUCUGACAUAGAACCUCCACAUUCUAAAAGCUAUUUGGAUAUAUUUUCCUGUACAUAUUACCUGUUUGAAUCUCGUGGGAUCCUACUCUUUUGUCACUGCUGAUGAAGCUGCACCAAGACUCCAUGGCUUCCCAAUCUCCAUCUCCAUCUUUAUCCAGUCGCAUCUGUUCCAACCUGCCAGACAAGAGAUUAGAUACAGAGAAAGAGAGAGAGAGAGAGAGAGAGAGAGAGAGAGAGGUGGGGAGAAAGAGAGAACUUCAUUUCUAGCAAAUUAAUUUCCCAUCCACGCCUCCAGAGCUUGCUAGCUCAUUCGCUAGCUGCUGUGGCCGCUGCUGCGUGUGUCUACUGAGUCGGAGCCUCAUGCAUAAUGCAUCAGGUUUAAUUGCAAACCCAGAAACUAAUGACUUUGGACUGGUUAACAGCAGGGGAGCCAUACAUCUCGAGCAAACUGAAUGAAAAAUCAGCUCAGAGGAGAGAAAAAAAGGAGCCUAGCCCCUAAUUGAUGAAUAAUUGAAGCGGCGAGCUACAGGGCAUAAUUGUGACAUUUUGUUUCAAUCAAUUUCCAAGUGGUGUGGGCGAAAGUGCACUUAAAGGGAGAAGGCAAUGACAACGAAUGAGAAAGAAAGAGAGCGAUGGAGAGAGCGGUCGGCGCUGAAAAUGGACACUGGGUCUUCAGUCACUGCAGUGACAUUUGCUGGGGCUGGAUUCAUCGGAACAAAAAUGACUCCACUGUCUGUCUCCACUGACCUUUGUAGGGUUUCUGUCAAACUCCUGGUUCACCAUUGUUAGGUCACUUUCGCUCUCAGCCAAAUGGAUCCUUUUGUUUCAUUUGCACCCGCCUCACUGUUAUUUCUGUAAGCGACAUUAAAAAGCUUUCGUCCAUUUGGCAGCA